GGUGGUUGAGUUCAAGAUGGAAGAGAGCAUGAAAAAGGCUGCCGAGGUUUUGAACAAGCACAGUCUUGGUGGGAGACCCCUGAAAGUGAAAGAAGAUCCAGAUGGAGAACACGCCAGGAGAGCCAUGCAGAAGGUGAUGGCAGUAGGAGGGAUGGGCAUCGGGCACGGCCCUGGUGGCCCUGGCAUGAUCAACAUCCCCCCCAGCAUCCUGAACAACCCCAACAUCCCCAACGAGAUCAUCCACGCCCUGCAGGCCGGCAGGCUCGGCAGCACCGUCUUCGUGGCCAAUCUGGACUACAAGGUGGGCUGGAAGAAGCUGAAGGAGGUGUUCAGCAUGGCUGGAGUGGUGGUCMGGGCUGACAUCCUGGAGGACAAGGAUGGAAAAAGCCGCGGGAUUGGCACCGUCACCUUCGAGCAGGCMAUCGAGGCUGUGCAGGCCAUCUGUAUCCUUGGGAAAACUGGGAAUGGGGGCAAAGAACUGGGAAACGGGGGAGAAGGGGAAUUUAUUCCAAGAGAUAUCGCCAUGGCAGGGAGAGAAUGGAAUAAAUUCCCAAAGGAGGAUAUCGCCAUGGAUGAACGAGCCUUUCCCAAAGGAGAUUUCUUCCCUCCAGAGCGACCCCAACAACUCCCUCGUAAGUUUGGGAUGGGAAGAGCUGGAGGAAUGGAAGGUCCCUUCCAUGGCAUGGAAAACAUCGGGCGCUUCCCAGCUGGGAUGAACAUGGGCAGGAUGAGUGAGAUGGAUCGUGCCAUGGGMGGGGGAUUUGAGAGAGAGUUUGGAAGAAAUGAGAUGGGAAUGUCCCGGAGUUUUGGGGAGACCUUGGAGAGGGGAAUAGGUGGAAAUGCCAGCAUUCCCGGCAUCGAGAGGAUGGCCCCUGGCAUCGACCGGAUGGGCUCGGGCAUAGAGAGGAUCCCAGCGGGGAUGGGGCACGGGAUGGAGCGGGUGGGCUCGGAGAUAGACAGGAUGGGGCUGGUGCUGGACCGCAUGGGCUCCAACGUGGAGCGGAUGGGCUCGGGCAUGGAGCGCAUGGCGCCGCUGGGCAUCGACCACAUCGCCCCCAACCUGGAGCGCAUGGGCCCGGCCAUGGACAGGAUGGGCUCGGGCAUGGAGCGCAUGGGCUCGGGGCUGGGCUUCGGCAUCGAGCGCAUGGGCGCCGCCAUCGACCGCGUGGGCACCGCCAUGGACAGGAUGGGCUCGGGCGUGGAGCGCAUGGGGGCGGGCAUGGAUAGGAUGGGCAUCGGCCUGGAGCGCAUGGUGCCCGCUGGGAUGGGCACGGGCAUGGGCCAGGUGAUAGAGAGGAUGCCGGCCGGGCUGGAGCGCAUCGGGGCGCCGCCCAUGGACAGGAUCGGGAUAGAGAGGAUGGGAGCGGCCCCCAUGGACAGGAUGGGCCUGGAGCGCAUCGGGGCCACCAACAUGGAGAGGAUGGGGCCGCCCAUGGGGCAGGGCAUGGGGGCGGGCAUCGAGCGCAUGGGCCUGGCCAUGGGCAGCAACUUCGAGCGGCCCAUGGACAUGGAGCGGGGCAACUUUGCAGGGAAUUUUGCAGGGUCGCUGGGAGGAAAGGGAUGGACAGUGGAUGGAUGGAUGGAGAAGGGAUGGAGAAUAAAUGGACAAUGAGUGGUUGGAGCAUCCCCAUCUCACCCGUGUCUCCCCCCAGGGCACGUGCUCUACGCCGACAUCAAGAUGGAGAACGGCAAGUCCAAGGGCUGCGGGGUGGUGCGCUUCGAGUCCCCCGAGGUGGCGGAGCGCGCGUGCCGCAUGAUGAACGGGAUCCAACUGCGGGGCCGCGAGAUCGACGUGCGGAUCGACCGCAACGCGUAGAACCGGGCUCAGCCAGGCCCGGCCUAGCCAGGCUCAGCCUAGCCAGGCCCAGCCCAGCCCAACCGGGCCCUGCCGUUUGUAUUUCUCUUGUUAACCAUCUUCUUUUGACUGGAUGUAAAGGUGUUGAGCCCGAGCCGGUUGCUUUCUGGAGUAAUUUUAAGUCCUUUUUUUAACCGAGGGAGCCCCAUUUUACUGGUUUUUUGCAUUGGAACUGCCAUGUGCACAAUCUUUUUUUGUAGUUGUGGCAUCUCGUUGACCUGACAGAUGUAAACAGUCUGACUUUGAUAAUAAAUGCAAGUUCAAUAUUUCA